AUGCACCUACGCAUCCAACUCACCCUCCUCCUCCUCAAACCCAAAACCAACCUCUUAUCCUUCUCCAGCCUCGCCGCCCAAUCCCGCAAGAUGAGCUGGAUGGACUCGUGGUCGCGCCCCUCCAAGUCCCAAGCGACCCCGGCACCGUUCUACCUCCUCCCCAACGGCGACGCGACGCCCUACUGCCGCUCCUGCGGACGCGUCAUCUCGAGCCGCAAGUCCAACUCCUCUGCAAAGUCCGCCGACCAGCAGCAGCCGAAGUACUGCUCCGCCCGCUGCAGAACGCAUAAACCGGGCCGUCUGGACCGCGAGAUCGAGAACGCCUUCGUCCGCUUCCUGCAGGGCGAGGAGGAGGUCGAGGGAGGCGCCGGCAAGAAAGUCAAGGGCGACGCGAGGAUUCUGGUUCCCUGCGACCUCGUCGAGAGUAAAGUAUUCGGAGAGAGGAAGGAUCCGGAGAAGGUCUUCGGCAGGCGGAAGAACCGCGCUUCGAGAGUCAUCCCGGAGAAGGACUCCUCCUCUUCCGACGGCGAAGGGGUGGCCCGUACUCAGCAUCACUACGAAGACCAGGACCCCGGCGAGGAUAUCAUCGACGAGAUGCUCGGCCGGACAAAAUCCACGGAGCUCGACCCGAGCGUGGCGGCCGCGCUGUCCGUCCGCGGCGGCACGCGCGUGCGGCCCCCGCAGGCGCGGUCGCAGGUCAACGGCAGCGUGGGCGGGGAGAAGGGCAAGGCGGAGCGGGUGGAGGAGACGGAGGAGAUGCGGGGGAAGAGGGAGGAGGGGCAGAGGAGGGCGCACGAGCGGGAGAUGGUGCGGUGCGCGGCGCGGCGCGGGGUUGUGUUCGGGUUCGCGGUCGGUGAGGAGAGGAGGAAGUGCGAGGCCGUGAUGCAGGGUAAGGUCGUCGAGCCGAGCUUUGCGAAGGGGGAUUGGGGUGUUAGAUGGCGGGAGGAGUAA